AUGUCAUCUCCGGCGCCCUCGCCGAACAGCCUCUCCACCAACAGCUUGUCGGUUCUCCCACCCAUCCUCACAGAUGCAACAGUGAAUCAAUCGUCCCGAGCGAAUGAUCGACUUUCCACAUACUCGAACCUCUCAUUCACUACACAGAAUCUCUCGCGCCCAGGCUCCCACGUAUUUCCCAUCUUCCAUUCAAGUCUUCCCUACGCCCUCGUGCGAGACUUUGCCUACCCACCGAUUCACCCUCUGCACUAUGGACCGCCACCCCCAGUCUCCGGGGUCUCCACACCAGUGAGCGAAUAUCGUCGCUUAUCCGACCCACCGACAUCGUGGGAUACCUCACGGGGCCCAUGGGCAGACGCUCCGGCGUGGAACACAGAUAGCAACAGCAUCAGUAUAAGCAACAGUAAUGGGACUCAACAACUUCCCGCUAUGUCAUUUGGAGAUGGUCCUCCAUAUAGUGAAGACGAAGAUUUGCAUAGCCCAGUGGUACUCUCGGCGCGCCAUCGCAAGAGGGCCACUGUCAUCAACUUGAAUGGCAUCGCAGACGAACACAUGGGAGGACCUGGAUUAACAGAGCGUGGCACAUUCGUUGGCUUGAAUCCGGACGGCAGUGAGACAUACUAUGUGAAUGGUGGCGAUGCAAUUGAAGAUGGCCCAGGUGGUGAAUACAUCACAUAUCCACCAAAUGAAGGACAAUUCUCGCACCAAGGAAAUCAGCCAGGAUACGCACCUGAUGGAGAUCUGGAGUCCGAGGAUGAAUAUGUAAGUGGGGAUCGCUACGCAAACGACUACCAAUUCGCUGUUGGCUGUCCUGACGAAGAAAUGCAUGGCAAGGCUGUUGCAUUAUUCGACUUCACCCGAGAGCACGAAAACGAGCUCCCUCUCACCGAGGGCCAGGUGAUCUACAUCUCUUACCGACAUGGACAUGGCUGGUUGGUAGCCGAGGAUCCCAAGACUGGAGAGAACGGACUUGUGCCAGAGGAGUUUGUGCGGCUUCUUCGAGAUAUUGAAGGGGGCCUGACCUCAUUGAAUGGGGAGCCGAAUCCGGAAGCUACUUCCUCCACCAAUAUAACUGAAGACGACCACGCUUCAACACCAACUCAAUAUACUCAGAACGACCAGAACUGCCAAAACGCCAAUCGUGAAACAGCUGAAACCAUGUCUGUUAAGGGUGGUAAUGAGACCAGCUCUAUUGGUCGUUCCACGACCAACACAUGA